AUGCCGCCUCCUCCUCUUCCCUACCUGUUACUUUCGCUCACGAUUUCCUCUGCCGCCGUUCUCGCGCAAAAUGUACCAUACAUCACCCAGUUGGACAUCUAUUCUCUCUUGGCACCAUGCGCUCAAUCCGCCCUGUCCACAGUCGGGGUCAUGACCUCUUCCUGCGGCAGUGAUGCUAGCGAGCUGCAAUCGUGUGUCUGCACGGAUGGCAACAACUCCCAGGCCAUGGCCGCUUCCAUCGCCUUCGGCGUCACCUUCAACUGCGGCGCAACGGCGACGGAGGACAGGACGAGCGCCGACAUCGUCUUCCAAGCCUACUGUACCCCGACGCGCAUAUUUCAACUCCCAACCCCCUCCUUCAACAUUGUGCGCCAGAUGAUCACCGAAGUACCCCAGUAUAGCAGCCUCGCGCAAUGCGUCCAGGGUGCCCUGACCGAUGCUGUGUCCCUCAUGUCGCCGUACUGUCCCCAGAUCGUCAGCCUGUACGCGCCCUGCAUGUGCACCAAAAACGACAACUCGCGCCGGAUCAGCCGCCAAAUCAACAGGGACGCCAUGUUCAGCUGCAACGCCCAAGAAGACGUGUCGUCCGCCCAUCAGUUCUUCUCCGCCUACUGCAACAUGGUCAGCGGCAUCACCCACCUCCCCACGCCGUCUUCGCCACCAGGCGACAUGCCCUCCCACAUCGCCGCGCUCGACCAGUACAGCUCUCUGCUGCCCUGCGCCCAGUCGGCCGUCUCGGUCGCCUUCCGACGCCAGACGUCUUCGUUGUGUCCCCAGGGGCCCCAGGCCCUCGCGUCGUGCAUUUGUCUCAGGGAGACCAAGCACAGUGUCGUCUCGACGUCUGUGCGCUCUGCGGCGUCGGAACUCUGCGGCUCGGUGUUGGGGGAGGGCGAUCCCGUCCGCUCCGCCGUUCGCUCCGCCGUUGCAGUCUUUGACUUUUAUUGCUCCGCUGCCCGGGGCGACGUCGUGGCCACCGCUGAUUCGUCCCCUUCGCGAAAAAUCCCCACUGCCGAGAACGGGGCAAGCCGCACGGCAUCCAGCGGCACCGAGCCAACCGGCAACGGCGAUGGUGAUGAUUCUGACGACGGUUCGGCGGGCUCGGGACCCAAUAUUGGCGUCAUCGUAGGCGGCGCAGUAGGCGGCGUGGCUGUCCUCCUCAUCACCGUCGGCCUCGUCUGGUUCAUUCGUCGCAAGCAACAAGCCAAUGCGGCGACCCCUGCGGCCCCUGCUGCCUCGGUCCCAGACGAGCCAGGUCCCUGGGACGACAAGGCCGAGCUUAGCAUCCAGGGCGCGAUCUCCGAGCUUCAUUCGGAGACGCACACGCCCAUGCCGCCCGAGGUGUAUGGGUCGCAGCAGGCCCCGCCCGUGGAGCUGCACGGCCAGGGGCGGAUCUCCGAGCUCCAUCCGGAGACGCAGAUACCUAUGCCGCCUGAGGUGUAUGGGUCGCAGCAGGCCCCGCCUGCGGAGUUGCAGGGCCAUUUGGCGCCGGCGGCGUAUCCUAGACAGGGGCGACGGAACAGACAGACACAGCGGCUGCCGUCGGAAUUGGAGGGUCAGUCUCCCGUGGGUUACGGACCACACAUGCAGGGAGGUGUGAAUGCACCGCGGUACGGGCAAUCGCGAGGCCAAGGCCAGAUGGGUCAUGGGGAUUCGGCUGGGCUUGAUUCCAGCCAGCAGCCACGGAGGUAG